AUGGAAGUGUGUUAUAAGAAAAUAUUUCGUCCUUGGGAUAAUUCAAGUGAGGGUACAAAACAACUUAUUGUGAAAAAUCAUAAUUUAGAUAUCGUAUCCUACCAAGAUUGUACAAUUUCGACUACAACGAUUGAAAACGAAGAGAAACAUAAGAAAAUUGUCGAAGAGAAAUGUGAAAAGCCUGUGGAAUAUACCGAAAUAAUUGUACCAUUAACACCACCGGCGGAGCCAAUUGAAAAAUGCUCGAAAUUAAACGAUAUGCCAUCAAAAUGUACUAGUGCAAUUCCAUCACAAAUUUAUCCUUCUUCACCAGAAUUUUAUCCACAAACAUUUCCCGAUUAUUCCCAUCUUCCAUCAUACGAUUUACUUCAUGGUUUUCCCGUGGGUGUGACACCACAGGAUGCUGUUUUUAUGGAAUCAUUAGCCGCACAUGGCUAUGCUAUGGAUGAGUAUAUACGUGUUUUAAAUCAAGAACAUCAGACGAAAUUGUUGAGUAGUCGAAAACAAAGGCCGAAGAAAUAUAAGUGUCCACAUUGUGAUGUUGGUUUCUCAAAUAAUGGACAGUUAAAAGGACAUAUAAGAAUUCAUACAGGUGAACGCCCUUUUCGUUGUGACGAAAAAAAUUGUGGUAAAACCUUUACACGUAACGAAGAACUUACACGCCAUAAACGUAUUCACAGUGGUUUACGACCAUUUGCAUGCACUUCGUGUGGUAAACGUUUUGGUCGUAAAGAUCAUUUGAAAAAGCAUAUGCGUACUCAUUCACAAACGUCACAGAUGCAUCGAAGUGGUUUACAAUUAGUGCCUGUAGUUUUACCAGCUAGUGCAUGGGCAUCAAUUCCUCCAACAUCUGGUGUACCCAUGUAUAAUCCUAAUAUGGUUGCACCAACAUUUCCACCUGGAUUACCACCGGCUCCUGAAGGAAUGGUAACAUCACCGAUGGUAUCAAAUUUACAAAGACAUCAUCACCAUGGUCAUCAACUUCCUGGUGUAGGAACAACUAGCUUACAUCCUGCGAUGUAUGGUUUAUAA